CAAGGAAGGACUGUCUGGCCAAAUGCUAAUCUGUCAAGCUAACAGAGGGCCGGGACGAGAUAUAUUUUAAUACUACUUAAACCUUUCAGGUGUCGGUUACUCAGCCAUCGGUUUCCUAUAAAAGGGAAGGGCUUCCCUGUGCCUGGGCUACAGAAUGAUCCAGCUCCCGAACCGACAAUAAAGUGUGUAUGUAAAGAAAAGCUUCCUUUAUUGAUUGUAUCGGCAGAAUGGAGAGACUUUUUGUGUACGUGCUCGUUGUGUGUUGGAAGAUGAUUCCAUGCAGCUCGUGUGAGUUGUCUAACAUGACAGUUGUGUUGGAGAAGGAAGGAUGUGACACCUGCAUCACUGUGAAUGCCACCUGGUGCUCGGGAUACUGUUUAACCAAGGACUCUUCUUCAAAGCAUCCGCUCAUCAAAAAGGUUCAGCAUGUCUGCACCUACACCGACAUCACUUAUGAAACCGUCAAAUUGCCGGGCUGUGCCGAGGAUGUCGAUCCCUAUUACUCGUACCCCGUGGCCAUAGACUGUCGCUGUGAUCUUUGUAACAUUCACACAACAGACUGCACGGUGAGAAGUUUAGGGCCCUCCUACUGUUCACUUGGCCAAGAAAAGGAAGACUUCGAAAACCAUUAAGCGUCUUUGCAUGUUGUUGUUUUGGUUUUUCCUAUUAGUAGUUGCCCUUAGCAUCAAACCUGAUAUAUAAGCCUUAACGUAUACUAGUUUGUCACCAGUUCAAUAACAUGACAAAGGUUGACUCAGUUCAAGUGUAGUAAAUCAUGACUCCAUGUAGAUGUAUCUAUAUGAUAUCUAUAUGAGAUAGACCAUUAUGAUGGUUUCCUUUUAUUUUAAACCCAUACUCACCUCUACUGCAGUUGUUGUAGGAUGUAUAAGCCCAUCAACAUGCAACAGAAUUGUGGCAAGCAUGGGGAAUUACAUCCCUCUAUCUACCUCUACCAGGGGUGCCCAAAAGGUAGAUCGGUAUCUAUCAGUAGACCUUUAGUGGUGAUCAGUAGAUCUCAAGACACUG